AAGCGGACGCGACGCGACUGUGAGGUUUCCGGUUAUGUCGCAAUGACUUCACGCUGGUCCAUUCGCGUCUAAAACAAAACAAUAUACACGGGCUCGGGAGCUGUUCAAGCUUUCCACGCAGACGCAGACACGGAGUUCGCAGAGAGAAUAUACGCAGUGGGUCUGUUGGCGUGUUUGCUAGUUUACUCGCCGAGCAGCCCAGAGAUGUGCACGCAGACGAGGGCUGCGGCUCUCAUGGCCAACAUCCCGCGGGUCGACAUCGACCCGUCCGGCGUCUUCAAGUACGUCCUCAUCAGGGUGCACAGCAAAGAGGAGGGCGACGACUCGGAGAUAGACAUCGUCCGAGGGUACGGCUGGGCGGAGUUCCACGCUGAUAUCUAUGACAAGGUGUCAGAAGAGCUGGAAAAGGGAGGCCACCUGGACUGUGAGUGUGUCGGAGGAGGGAGGAUCAACCACGACCCCCAGGCCAAGAAGAUCCACGUCUACGGACACUCAAUAGGCUUUGGAAGAGCGAACCACGCUGUAACUACUGAGAAGCUGAAGGCUCAGUAUCCAGACUACGAUGUGACCUGGGACAAUGAAGGAUACUAAACUGACCUCAGAUCAGCCUCUGUUGGGUGCCCUUUUCUCCUGGACUGACAUGGCACUUAUCUGUAACCCCCCUCAUUAGGAACACUCAGAGUCCUAUAAGGAGCUUUUUGAUACCACAUUGAUAAUCCAAGACUUAAGACUGACACACAGCGGCGGGUGUGAUUAGAAAACAAGCCUUUUUUUUGGAGGGGCUCACUUUUAUGUUACAAAUUGUUUAAAGAAAUGGCAAACAAAUGUUGUUUAUCACAUUUUUACUCUACUAAAAAUGCACGAUUGUCUUCUAGUGUGAGUAAAUAAUGUAUCCUGACAUGCAGUCGCUCACCGACUUGUUGUAGAGUCACAUAGCCUCAUAAAUAUGACAUCAUCGCUGAGAUGUUUCCUGAAAACUGCUUUUAAAUUGUGUGCAUAGUAUGUUCCUUCUGUCGCAGAGCCCCAAUAAAAAAAUAAAAAAAAGCUUAUCUUUUG